AUGCCGUCAUUGGGGGCCAUCAUCGCUCCGCCCAGGCGGCCGAAGUCCGCUGGUGCGUUCCCGUCGGCGAACCGCAAACUCAUGCUAGCAGCAGCGGCAGCACCCGAAAACUCGCCGCGACUUCGAAUGCCCAUCUCACACCGGCACUCGAUCCAGCAGCGGCGCCCCCAGUUAAGUCGAUUUCCUAGACCUCCGUCAGCUUCUGGGUCAACAAGCCCAAGACCGAGGCCAUGUUCAGCAGCCGUGCAGCUCUGGAGACAACCUGGAACGCCAAUUGCCUCCAGCCACAACGCUAUCGUACAGCGCGUAGUACGGGAGGAGAUCGACGAGCAGCGACACGUGACGCUGGAUGCUCAGCGCCAAUUACAUGAACUGCAAGCAACCAUCGCACGACGACAAGAGGAACUGGAGCUAGCACAGCGACAUCUCCAGGCCUUUGACACUCCAAAGGUGCAGCCAACUCCUAGUGAAGUCGCAUCAAGUCUGAAAGAGGAGAUCGCCCACCAAGACGCGUACAAGAAGCGGCUCAAGUACAUGCACGAGCGCCUACUGCAGCAGGUCAGAUAUCUCGAGGCGAACGCUGAUCUCCUGGCGGAGCGGAGAAGAGCAACGCACAGAGAGCGAUCAUUGUGUCGAAGUCGCGCCAAGCUCGAGGCCGACAAGAGCCGUCAGAUCCGGCAGCAGCUUCGUGAACUACACGGCAAGCAAGCGGCUUUCAAGCGCAACGCACUGCCCGUUCUCGAGUCUUAUCGGGACGAAUUGGCCUCCCGGCUGGUGAUAACCCAGCGUCGACAGGAUGCAGACCGCCGUCGCGACGAGUUAAUUCGAUUCAUCGGCUCUCGCUCCACCGCAGCGUCGAAAGUCUCCACUCGAUCACUCACGAGUGCCACGGCGGCAAUAUCAAGACAGCGAGCUCCUUCAGGCCGAAUGCAGCGGCGAGACAGCUACAACAUCUUGGUGGCGGACGCGGAUGAGAACAAACGCGAGACGCUUUUCGCUGUCUAUGAGGGACAAUACGCUCGCGUGCUGCGCGAAACUGGAGAGGCUGACCUGAGCAUGGUGCUCGAGAGGUUCCAGUCGUAUCGGGAGAGCACCGCGCGACUGCGUGAGAUUGAGAGCGAGCUGCGCGCCGAAGGAGCUCGCCUGGCCGGUGAGCAGCAAGCACGCAGUGCCAUGGUGGCUCGACUUCGCGUGUCAGGCCCCACCGACGUGGCAGAGCGACGUCAGCGACUGCGCGACCGCCUCGAGGGUGCUCUCCACGCCCAACAACUUGAGAAGAACCAAGCCCGAGAACGUGUGAACGCGCAGCUCAAAGCUUUCGUGUACGCCCAGCAAGGCGUCCUUCACAUCGUGGAGCUGCUUCAGUGUCUGGAAGAUCGGAGUGCAGUGGCUUUGACUCCUCCCCCUCCGGUGUUGGCUAUCGCGCGUACUGUCAUGGGCGGCAACCAGCCAGCCGAAGUGGCUCUGAAGAUCGUAGCUCCUGCAUUGCAGACAUUGGUGCAUCUAGCUCGAGAAGUGGCUCGUCGCGGGUUACAGCGCGAAUGGUUCAAGCUGCCUCCACUUGGCUACUCCGUGCCCCAGGUUGCUCGACUGGAGCAGUUCGCCCCCGAAGGCCAGGUACAGCGCGGCCCAUUCGACCUUGAUGCAGAAUAUGAAGACUUGGGUGGAGCGAAAGACAGAAAGCUCCCCAGUGAUCGGCCAGAAGAGGAGGUCGACGAGGAAAAGAGAGAUGCCACCAUCAUGCGCAGGGCUAUCAAGCGACAGGAGAAGGACACACUGCGCCAAGCAGAGACGAUUCUAUGCCAGACGCAAGAUGCUAGAAGACUAUUACAACUGCAGCAGCAGCAACAACAGGACCAGCAGAGAAAACCCCAGUCGCCGAGGAUUAAGGUGCACCAAGAAUCCGACGUCGAGAUCGUAGCGGCCCAUUUCCGUGAGCAGCGGCGUGCGGAGCGGCAGGAACAUCGCUUCAUGAACGGAAGCGUCUUGUGUACCGGUAAUCGUCGAGCUGUCAGUAGCAACACUGCAAUCGUGCCGCCAGCAGCACAAAGCCCCAGGCGCAGACACCCUUGCUAA